ACGUCAAAACAUGAAGUUUCUAUUUUUGUUUACUUUUUUCCAAACUUGAAUCUGAAAUUAAAAACAAAUAACAAAUUGUUAAAUUAAAAAUUAUAACAACCUGGAAGAAUGGAAGAAUCAAAUAUUCCUUGUUUUAAAAAAUCUUCUAUGAACAAUGCUCAAGUUGGGGGAAAGAAAAGAAUCUGGAAGUCUCUAAAACAAAUAUUAGCAACAGAAAAAUCAUUGCCAUGGCCACAAGAUGCAGUUACAUAUAAUACACUUAACCCACCGCCUUCAUUUAGACCCUCCAAAAAGUACUCUGAUAUCUCAGGACUUAUUGCACCCUACACUGACCCACACACCAAACUGAAUUAUCACAAUUCAGAAGAAUAUGCGACAGUUCGCGCACUACCUUCGGACUUGACUGCCGGCUACUUAGCUCUACGAGGAGCUAGCAGUAUAGUUGGAUGAAUAUUACAAAAUUUAACAGUGCAUUUUUUUAAAUAUUAAUAAUAAAAGCCUAACAUAUUUACAUAGCACUUGAAAUGGUCAUAAGUACUUGUGAAGCCCAAACAAAUUUUCGACUUAUCACAAUCUCAAAAAAGAUACAUAUGUAUAGUUUUUGAUAGAAAUAAAGUUCUUAGAUUGUCAUAA